AUGUCGAAGCCUGUAAAGCUUGAGGAGGAGUCGGUGGCCACGACCUCGCCGGAGUCGGCGGCAGACGUCGAGCACACAGCCACCACCUAUGUGAGCAGCUUGGAGCACACAGGCGACGGACGCACCUUGAAGAAAGCCAAUUCGUACCUUUCUCAGUGCACGACGCUCACUGCCGGCAUGAGCCACUUGAGCCACGAGGGUGUCAGUGUGGUCUCAGAGUCGCAGGGAUCAGUUCCUGACCUCCAUGCCAUCAAGCCCGAUCUUGAGAACGCUGCCAGGGUGGAGCCCUGUGGCGAAGUGAUCAGUAUCUGGACGCGUCGCACCAUCGGGAUUGUCAUAAAUGGCUUCGUUCUGGCCUUCCUGAGCGCCACAUGCACCGGGGUUACAUACGGUUUCUUCCUUGGCUAUAUGGGCUUGGACUCCUAUGUGAUGUCCUCCAUUACAGCACUUAUGAAGCUUCCAGACGUGUUGCUUCUUCCGUAUGGCGUGAUAUCCGACUGUUUCCCCAUCUGUGGCAAGAACAGGAAAUCCUGGCUUUUGGUCUCCUGGACCAUCUCGGCAGCGGCCCUCCUGGCCAUGAGUCUGAAACCGCAACCUCCCCCGAUGUACUGCCAAUACGAGAACGGCGAGUACAACUGGGACGUGCCUCCAUGCAACCCUCAGAUUCAGGACGAGAAGAAUUGGUACAUCUUCCCAAUGUUCAUCCUGACGGCAGGUCUUCAGUUGGGCAGCGUGAAUGGGCAGGCCCUACUCCUGGAGUACUCCCAGCGUGAGCCACUUGAGCGUCGUGGGCAUAUCAAGGCCAACAUGGCCAUGGUUUGCACCGCCGGUGGCUUGGCUUCCUCUUUGGUCAUUGGCAUCUGCAUGAACAGCAAGGCCUACUUGGGCACCUUUGACUGGGGCUUGUCCUUCAGUGGCCUGAUGUCGGUUUGCUUGGUCUUAGUCAUCUGCAUGGUGCCAGUGACGGUAUGUUGCGUCUACGAGCCACCGAGAUCGUCGCAACGCCUUUCGAGCCGCGCCCACAUCAAGGGCUCUUGGGGCCUGGUCCAGAAGAAAGCUCUCUCGAGCCUUCUGUUCUUCGCCUUCUUCGUCCAGUUUCUGGUCUCCCUGACGACGACAGCGGGGCCAAUGGUCCGGAGCCAGUGGGCCCAUGUCAGAGUUCUCCAGCAGCAGAUGUUUGGCAUGCUUGGCAUGGGGGUCAUGAUGGCGGCCACCUACGUGUACAAGACCUCCUUUCUCCAGAUGAGCUGGAGAAAGACGAUCUUCAUCGCGAUCGUCUCAGUGAAUGUGCUCGAUGCAGUCCCGCAAUUUCUGGCUGCUUUCGAUGUGGUGCGGAAUCAAUACUUCUACCUUGGCGAAGACGUUGUCAGCUCCAUUCCGAACGCCAUGUUGCAGUUGGUUUCCAACCUGAUGAUCAUCGAGCUUACCGAGCAUGGCCGCGAAGGUCUUUGCUACGGCCUGAUUGGCACGCUGCAGCAAUCCGCUUUGCCCUUUGCCACUGUCAUCAGCAACCAGGUCUAUGGGCUUUUCGACCCGAAGCUCUCGAGCCUGGAGAACUACAUCUUGGACACCCCCGAGUUCCGAUCGACGGUGGCUUGGUCCUAUGUGCUUACCUACAGCACUUCGUUCCUUGCCCUGGCUCUGCUGCCGAUGAUUCCAUGGCAGAAGGCUGAGGCCCACAGGCGGAAGAGGGAGUGGAGCUCCAACUCUGCCAUGGGAGUCUUCGUUCUUCUGAUCCCGGCGGUGUGUUUGGUCUAUGGAGUCAUUGUCUUGAUGCUCACCAGCCAGCCCGAGACAGCUUGCCUCAAGUGGGUGGGUGGCAUGGGGUGCGAGCAAAGCUGA